UCUCGCACUAGGUGCACGGGAGCAGCGCCGCAGCGCCAGGCAAGAAACCCGGAGCCCUUACGCGGACCCGCGCCUGGGAGCGCAAUCAACGUUAAAACCCGAAUACUAAGUAUUACUGCCGGCAGCAGGAAGCCUUCUUGCAGAGGGAGCUCCGCCGAGCUCGUAGCAGGGGAGAGGGGCUCCUCUGCCGGUCCUGCGCAGAAGAGCCGGCCACAGCCGCGCUAUGGAGCUGAGGUCUGCUGAGCCAGCAGGGAAGGCAAAAGAAAGGGAAAAAGAGAAAGGGAAGAGGCCCCACAGGGACGCCUCAAAAGAGGUGCUCGAAUGGAGAGAAUCCUUCGACCAGCUCCUGAAGAGUAAAAAUUCUCUGAGCCUGGAAUCAAAAUCAUCGCUGCAAGUACUCUCCCACACUCCUCAGCAUCUUCCCUCUAGAUCUCAGCCAAGAGAUGGGGUGACUGCCUUCCACACCUUCCUGAAGACAGAGUUCAGUGAGGAGAACCUAGACUUUUGGCUGGCUUGUGAGGACUUCAAAAAGACCCGGUCAAAAACGAAGCUAGCCUCCAAGGCCAACAGGAUCUUUGAGGAGUUUGUUCAAACUGAAGCACCCAGAGAGGUAAAUAUCGACCAUGAAACCAGGGAGAUUACCCGGAAGAACCUCUCAGGUGCCACCUCUGCUUGCUUCAAUGAAGCCCAGGCAAAAACCCGCACCUUGAUGGAGAAGGACUCCUACCCCAGGUUCCUGAAAUCCGCCUCGUACCAGGACAUGACAAAGCAGGCCACUAGCCAUUGCAUCAGUAAGCGGUCGCAUACCUGACCUGAGCCAGCGCCAGUGCCGGGGGGGAAGAGCUACGGGACAAGGCAGAGGCACUGCAGCAGAGGCUGGAGUCUGAGAGACGGUUGGUGAGACCUGAGGACCAUGCGGUGCAGUUUUGGCUGAAGUCCUGGGAUUUUAUACAGGAUCUCCAGGACCUUAAAUGCUUCCACUUCCCAUGGAGCUGUUGUGAAGAGUGGUCCUCCCUCCCCACCACAGGCUUUCUGACUGCUGGAGUGGGGAACUGUGAAACAGGACUGUCGGAGGAGGGACCCGGGCAGAAAGCACUCACCUGCGAGCACGUGCCCGUUGCUUCCCCCUGCAGCACCAGCAUGCAACAGGAGACCCGCACACCGUAGCGAAAGGAAGGAAGGAACACAUCGGAUUUGGGUUGCAAGUCCAGGGAAGAGACUGGAUGCCCCCAAGCAUUGAACUGCACGUAACGGGAGAGCUUCUGCCUGCUCUCAGGACCCUGCCUCUGACCUGCACAAACAACCGUAAGCUGCAGGUAGUGCACAGAGUCUGCAAUUCCCACAGUGCCCAGGGCAACAGCCCAGACCCCUGUAGGGUUUUUUCCAUGAGGGACCUUGCAGAAUAGAAGUCCAAAGACUACCUGGCAUUUUCAGCCAGAGGGACUCUGCAACUGUCUUGUCCUGAUCAUAAGAUUCUUAUUCUGCUGUUUUCUAUGCAUGCGCUGCAUCGAAGCUUUAUACCUUCUUCUAGCACAGCAUAGGUAGAGCAUUGACAUUUUCUUUCUUAAGCUAUAUGACCUUUAAAUUGCACCUAAUCUUAGGUCAUAUGUGUACAUUUUUAUGAUUAUUGUUACUAUUUAUUAUUGUUUUAAAAUACAUAUUUAUAGAAAUGCACUGCUCAAAGCACACACAUGUCCCUGGCUCUGAGGAGCUUGUAAGCUAAAUUAUAUUACAUGUUUCAGUACUUAGCAUGCCUUCCACAUUUUCUAUAUACGAAACUAAGAGAGAUAAAUAGGCAGAUGCAUAAUAGGACCAUGGCGCACAAAACAGGAAUCACAGUAGUGAGAGCUCUAGUCUGGCAGGGCUGCCGGUGAGGCCUAAGAUGGGAGGUUUACCGUGAGCUUGGAGGACUGUUGAUGGCAGUAAAAGGACACUUUGCAGUCCAUGUUGUUUCCUUUCUCCCCUUAAAUAGAGCUUUGUGCCUGGCAUUUUGGCAUGUAGACUAGCAGCUUGUCCUGGAUGGAGAACACUCACAUGAAAUGUGCACUUUGGUGAGUGACCCUGUUGAAAACUACUUUUUUUAAACAUGCUCUCCUUAAAUAUAGCUAUUUCCUCAAACAGGCCUCCCAUACCAGGAAAGGAGUGCUAUAGGAUAAUAGUUCAAGGGGUGAUGCAGAUGGCUCUCCCUCCACAUCAGGCUCAUAGAAUUUAUGUUCUUCAUAAACGAUCUUACGGAGAAAAUAGUUCCUUUUAAUGAGAUAGGUGGGAGAAAUCCUGGAGCUUUCCCCUGGUUAAAAUCAGGCCUGGUGUUCCCACAGCUGGUGAAGCCAGUCUGCAGCCAUAGCGCUUUUAAAGAAAUGUGGUGAGCCAUCCAAAAGCGAGAGCUGUGGCUGGGAAUUUGGUGGGAGACAGGAAGAGCUUCCCUGGGGGGGUGGCAGAACAUUUCACAAAUGGAGACCUGUGCUGCAAGCUCUUCAGAAGCCCUGCUGAGCAGGUAUUUAUGGCUCCCAAAGCUCUCUUAGGUAGUCCAGACUCUGGGGCUGCAGCUACACCAGAAAGCUGAAGAUCCGUUUUGCAGCAACGGUGGUGGCAGCUGCUUCGGUUACUAGUGCAGAGCUGUCUCGGGUUUUCGGUGCUGGGUCAGGGAGUACGUGCCAUGAGCAUGGGUUUCCUAGUGAGACAACAGCCUUGUGCGGCCAUGCAUGCCUCUGUUCAUCCCUAGACCAUCUCAAGACCAAACCUUGAGGUCCUUGUUCUGCUGUUACUCACUGCUUGCCAAGGAAGCCUUCUUUUGGCCCCCUCCAAGCAUUUGUCUGAGUCAAAGCACAGGAUGACUCCGGCACUUUAUGGCUGUUUGAGCAGAGCAAGGAAGAGUCUCAGGAAGCAGCACCGGGGCCCUGGUGGGAGUCCUCUUCCGCUUUCCCCAUCCUGAUUCUACCUCUGAGUCUCGGUGGGUUCCGGCUGCAUUUGCAGGGAGAAUUUAGCUGCUUUAUUAUUUAUUAUUUAUUUUUGCAACUGGAACCACCUUCAUAGUGUUACUGAAGUGAACAACGCACAACGGUCCGUUUUCAAUACUAACAUAAUGUCAUUAUUAUAAAACGCAAAGAAAAAAAAUACUGUGACACCAUGGGUUUUUUUGAAGACUUCUGAUUUAUUUUCACAUUCUAAUUUUGGACUUCUGUAUUACAAAUCAUACAACGUAAAGAAAGAUGCUUGUGCUGCGUGGUUUGCAGAGCAUUUACAGUUGCUUUAAAAGCUACAAUAUCAAAAACAGAUAGAAAAACAAGGGGGAGACUUUUGUAAGAGGAAAAGUUCUUUGUGACAUUUGGCUUAUUAAAGUGACACGAACAGUUCACUGAAACAAGGAGAGCAGAAGUUAAGUUUUGAAUCUGUUCAUUGAUGUUUAGUAUCGUUUCUAUUGCUUGCCAUUUUCUGAGCACUUUACUGGAUUACGGUUCACAACACGUAUUUAGUAUCAGUAAGGUACUAUUGUCCGUUAAGCACAGGAGGAAUCAGGUUAGGGCUGCUGUUUGCAAAACUGAGUUUCCAAUCACUGUCAUGACUAAUAUUUGAUUUAGCACCAACAAUCUAGCUGAUUAUUGGACUCUUUUCUAACGGGGAAAGUACCUGGUGUGGGCGAGGGGGGUACUAGGAAACGUUGUCCCUGUCGGGCAGCGUUUGGUCCGUGCGAGGCAGCGCGCUCGCAGGAGGCUUUGGGACGGCCGGGGCUGCAGGAUGCACCGGAGCGGAGCACGGCUGACGUGCCCGAGCGCAGCUCGGAGACGCUGUACGGAGGGGACGCGAACGCGCCAAAUAAAGACCAAGCCAAACAUGUUUUUAAGCUA